GAAGCCUGUUAGCAUGGGAGUUGCUGCUGGCUGGUACAUGUUGUCAGCUCUCCUACAACAAGGCUCCAACACCUACCCAAUCAGCACUGCAGCACGGGUAAUCUACUGGGUUGGCUACAGUGUGUCCCUCAUUGUGUACACAUCAUACUCUGCCACACUGGUCUCACAUCUUGCUGUGGAGCAGCCUGCACCUCUGCCAUUCAGCAACCUGCGGGACCUGUCUAGGCAGUCAGGCUGGGAUGCUGGAUGCAACAACAAUGACCUCUUCCAAGUGACAGCCUCGGUGGGUCCUUGGCUUCUUGCUGUGUGAACUGAUAUACCAUCCAGUGGUUGAGAGUUGAGAGAGAGAGAGAGAGAGAGAGAGAGAGAGAGAGAGAGAGAGAGAGAGAGAGAGAGAGAGAGAGAGAGAGAGAGAGAGAGAGAGAGAGAGAGAGAGAGAGAGAGAGAGAGA